UGCGAAACAGCUGUUGAUUGACUUUGACUGGUGGAUUGUUCUUUGUUUGUCGGUCUUUCUUACGAGAUUGCCUCUUUGUCUGUAUACAAGAAUCACUCAUACACAUUGCAUCCAUACUAAUCAAGACAGAAUCGAACGUUGCUAUGCGUCAAAUCAACACAAUGUGUCUUAUCUACUUAUUCACACGUGCACACCACUACGUCGAAAGUACCGGCCGUCUGUCAGGGCAGGCUCAGCGGACUCUUCGUGCCGUUCGAUGAACUCGCAGACGUUGGUGUGCCCGCUGCCGUGUCGUCUUUCUUCGCCGCUGUCGGUACAUCCAGCAGGGAGAUGAUCCAAUCGACGGCCGCCACCACGUAUGCGUUGGUCUCCUUGUCGCCGUCUGGCUGCAUUGCCCCGUAUCUCACCAGCAUAGCGCGGAGCGUCGUCCACGCACCAUAGGAAACGCUGACAUGGAAACAAAUAGAUGAAUCAUAGGACGGCAGGCGCAUCUCCCUCAGUCCGCUCACCUUGUGAUCUGAUUCUGUGUAAUGAGUGCGAAGAGAGAGGUUGCCGUGGCGAUGAGUGCUGGGAUCUUCCACGGGAUAAGCAACAGGAUGAGGUUGGCCGACAUCAG